AAAUUGAAUGUCGUUCAGGACUGAAAAAAUAUUUGGAAAGAGCUGUAGUAUAUCAGACCACUAAAUCACCAACCUGCUGUGAUAGUGUCCAAGACUGCGCUGAAAGCGUUUGUGCGCACGCGUGUACUGUAAAGUGAGAGGUGUCAUGUGGUGUCCUCCCAUCCAACGAAGUGUCAAAAUGUAAUAAUAUUAAGUGUCAUAGGAAAAGGAAACAAUGGUCAUCGAAACUGUGAUUAGAUAUUUUAAAUUCGGUUUGUUGUGUAAAUACUUCGUGGAAAAAGAACAAAACGUCUCGAAUAAUAUGACCGAACAUUUGGCUGCAAGAUUUAAGUGCAAAUAAAUGAAAUGGAUAGAGAUGCUGGGUCAGUUUCAUGAAAUGUUGGCGCCGCAGCGAGUUUCACCACGGUGGAAAGAAUGGAUACCUCUAGUUUCUCAGCAACUUCGCCUCAGAAACCUGAUUCAAGUAAUAGCUUAUAACGUGAAUGUUCCUGAGAAAGUAAAAUGUGAUGCAAAGAUAAAACUAUCAAGGACAGAGAAAACAAAAUCAUCAUUUUACUACACACUUCAUUUAACUACAAUGUCAGCUCCAUUUUAUACCAGUGAAAAGCUUGAAACAGAGAACCCAAAAUGGGCAGAAAUUGAUAUUGGUGAGACAGUAAACGCCAUUAAUGCUUCUGUCAAUGGCAUCGUGGUAAGGCUGUGGGUACAUAGAAACACAGAGCAAGACCAAGUGCUGACUGUAUGGGGAGUAUACUUCAGUGGGCUGAUCUACCUGGGUCCUAAAUUGUGUACUGACCCAGCAGCCUUUUGUCUUAAUACCAUUGUGUUCCACAUGCAUGGUGGCUACUUCACAGCUCCUCAAUGCUUUAAGGAACCUGCCCCUCGCAUAAGGCACGCUCAAGUGAAGAUCAGUGUGCCAGAUGUUCAACCUAGCUACACAGUCAGCUUAGUUUCGAGAUUACACACUAUUCAACAAGCAAUCAAGAAACAGCGAAGUGCAGCUCAAGUGCUGCGAGAAAAAAUUUCUGUGGGUAGAUAUACACCUCCAGAGUCUCGAGAAAGUGCAACAUUGCGAAGACUUCUGAACAAAAGUAGACCCCAAGCUCCUCAGAGACAAGAAGUACAGAAAAUUAAAAGAGAAAUUGAAAUGACAAAAUUUCGUGUAGAAAUGCUAGCGCAAGAGCGUUCUCGCAAAAUAGCAGAAUUGCAAGCUCUUGAAAAAUCUAAAGCAUUGCUUAGUGAAAUUAAUCAAGAUAGAGGAACUGAACUUUUGGAUAACUAUCGGACUUUACAAAAAGAAAUGGAACGAUUGAAAGAUAAAAGGAAAACAUACAUAGACACCAGAGAUGCAUAUCUAAUGACUAAUGCGCAAUUAAUUUUCCGUCAAAAACAGCUGAUCUCAAAACUAAGUCAGAUUUAUCCUGUUACGCAGCUGUCUGAUGGGAAAUAUUCAAUAUGUGGCGUGCAUUUGCCAAAUUCAGAAGACUUUGCUGGCAAUGAUGAAAUUAUGAUCUCCGUUUCUCUUGGCUAUGUUUCCCAUGUUCUACAAAUGAUAUCUGUCUUUUUGCAAGUUCCUCUAAGGUACCCAAUUAUUCAUUUUGGAUCAUGGAGUAAAAUAGUUGACCAUGUUGUAGAAAAGAUUCCAGAGAAGGAUAGAGAGUUUCCAUUAUUUUCAAGAGGAAAAGACAAAUUACAGUUCAAUUAUGGUGUGUACUUACUAAACAAGAAUGUUUCACAGUUACGAUGGUAUUGUGGUUUACCUACUCAAGACCUCCGAGCUACUCUUCCCAAUCUCAGUGGUCUUUUACGUAUACAUCCGACUACUGUCCCAGAAUUCCAUUAUCAACACCAUCACCACCAUCAUCACACUUCUUCUGGCUCAUCAUUAGAUCUGCGCAGCUCUUCUCAGAACCAGAGUCCCAUAGGAAGUGUGCCUCCUGAAUUUAGGAAAGACCUGUGUGAAAAAGAUGCCGCCAAUAGUUUUGAAAAAGGUCAUCGUAUAUCUCGAUCAAUGGACAGCUCUGACAUGAAUUUUCAGUCUAAAAUCAAUGAACCUGAUGUGCAAUCUGCAAAAGAGUUUAAAAUAUUAAAAGAACGAACAGAUUUAGUGAAUGGGUCUCCAUCUGUAUCAACUAGUCUUAGUUACUCUCUGGAUAAAGGGUUGGAUGAAUACGAGGAACUGAAAAAAGCAGAGCUUCCAUCAAAGCCUCCUUUGUCUUCAAAGCCUCAGGCUGCUGGUGGCCGGGCGCUAGCAUCAGUUGGCUCAGAGCCCAUCCUCACCCAGGAGAUGAGAGAGAGAGUGCACAGGAAAGAUGAUCUGGAAACUGUGAGUUCUGGCGACGAGGCCAAGAAGCACUUCCUUCAAAGUUGGCAGGCAGGUGGUCCAGCUCCUGUUUGCUCUGAUGACGAAGGGCUGCCCCACUCACAAUUGCCUCACAAUUGUCUUUAUCCCCAGAGCCCAGAGCUUUUGGCAGAGAAAUUGGAAGGUCAUUGUGUCACAGAAAAUGGUGCCAAUAGUGAUCUCUGUAGUGAUCAGACUCAAGAACCUCAACUAACUGAUGUUCAUGGAAUUGUGCAAGAGCAAGUCCCAUUUGAGGAUGAAUGCCCUUUCUACAUUCCUGAAGAUCAUGUGACUCACCAAAAGAUCUACAAUCAUUCAAACAAGGAACUACCAGUUGAUAAUCAUAUCACAGAAAAGAAAGAUGAACCUACCAAAGAAAGAGGCAAUGCAGAAUCUACUUUGACCAAUCAUAGUGACUGUGAUUCAAAGAGAAGGAAAUCAGAGUGCAUUGUUGAAUCAGAAAAUGGUUCUGAAAAUCCUCAUCUCACAAGCAAAAGUUUACAGAAUGUAAACAAUCGAAUGUUGGAUACUACUAUACCUAACAGAAAGGACCUAUUUGAUGAGGCUGUAUCCCUGGAGGAAAUGAGCAGCCUCAUAGACAGCUCUGUGCUAGUGGAUAGUGUGUUUGCCAGUGUUGCAAGUCGAACUGAGGCUUUGGCCAAUCGCUCUGGAACCUUUAACCUGGUGAGAUCAAGGCACAGUAGCAUGCUUGAGGAUGGUAACUCGUGAUCUUCAAAGAGAAACUCUCACUUUCACAGACUCGAGUCAGUGAAAUUAGAGUAAUUCUCCACAAGCUGUGAUGUUGUCAUGAAGGUUUAUUGAACACCAAAUACAAUGCUACAAUCUAAGUAUUGUAAGUAGACUAAGGCUGCAAAUAAUUAUUUCAUGUUUAUAUUGUAUAGUAUCCAUUAUAAAGUUAAUUUCCCUGUCAUUUUCAGACAGUUAUUCCAAAAUUCAGUCGGUACUCAUUUCUCAUUAGUUUAAUUCUGUAUUCAUUCAUUUGACGUUUGCUUAAAUUUGCCCUUUUAAAGGGAGAGCAAAUGUUUGGCUUGACUGAUAAGUCUGUUUAAUGUAAAUAUCUUUCUUUCUUAUUGUAAUAUAAUUGUGAAUCAAUAUGUAAAAAUAUUGUGUAAAUGAAAUAGUGUAAAUGUAUUAGAACAGAAAUUUGCACAUAUAUAUAUAUAUAUUAGCUGCCAGAGGUACAACUGUAUUAGUAGGAAUAAUUAAAAACAUUAAAGUAGAAUUUCAUUGUUUUGCCAGAGGUGGGCAGCUCUUCCAUUUGGAAUUUGUUUGCAAUUAGAUUAUCUAAUCAAAAAAUAGAUUCAAAGCAUUAUACAAACCUUAUAUAUAAUAAAUGUAUUUAUGCCUAGUAUUUAUUAUAGUAUUUUCAUUUUCGUGUGAAGACUUACUUGUUAUUUCUUCUCCCUUAUCCAAAAUUUUUAAAAAAAGCAUGAUUAUUAUUUAUGUAAGUGAUGGUUAAGAAAGGCGUAAUUCAUGAGUAAAGUUUUUUGAGUUGGGUUUUGUAUUAAUACAAGGUUUAGAGACAAAUUUGCAACUAACUUUGUAGAGCAUGGACAUUAAUUAUAUAGUAAUUUUACAUAAGUUAUUUGCAGAAAGCUCAGAACAGGGAAGUUCAGCAUUCCAGAAAAAUGGCUCUUUUUUUGGCAAAUGUUUUUUUAGGCUCCCAAAGAAUGUGAAGGACAUUUUUCUUUGUUAAUGCAAAGGCUAGAAUUCACAAGAAAGUACUUACGUCAGUGCUAAUUUCACAUAUUAAAUUAUCAAGGUCACCCCCCCAAAAGCAACACAUCUGAAGUAACUACACAAAAUAUAGUGGAAUCCUUGCAAUGUAUUUUGGGAAUAUUUCAAUUUGUCCCUAGAGACUAAUUUCUUUAUAUCAACUGAAUUUCUUUAACAAUUGUAAAAGUACUCAAAAAAAUACUUGCUAACCAGUCAGAAAGGUUUUCUUUUUAUGGAACAUCUGAUAAACGAUCAAUACACUUCAUGCUAUUUCAUCAAUAAAUGUUGUUUCUCAAACUCUAUUCCUGUAAUCAUUAAAACAUCAGAUUCAAAGGACUUAUGAAAUGAAUUAAUUCUUUGAUAAUAACAGAAGUUAACUUCUUUAAUCUUGUAAUAUAAAGUCUUCCUACAAAUACACAUUAUUAAACUAAUAUUAUAAUGGUUAAUAAAGUACAGUUAACAAAACCUGACUAGUGAUGAGAUUUAUUAAAUUGCACCACUGUACAUCACAUUUGAAUCUCUUAUCCUAGUUCUAUCUGAAUAAGAUAUUUUCAUGGAGCCAGAUCCUUGCAAGUUCAAGUUCAGAGUUAUGCACUUCAUACAUGAUAUAUCACUGCCACAUACCAUUUUGAAUAAUAGUAGUAAAAUUUUAAUAUCAACAUUUCAUCAUGAUAAAUGACACUAUCAGAAAUACGUUUUCAAUAGGUUUUCAAUAUCUGAAAAUAGGUUUAAAUAUCUCAAUUCCAAGUUUUGAAGAACAUUGAAACUUUAAUUCAUUUCCACAAUUCUCAUCAGUGAAAAUAUUUAAAGUCCUGUACAAACAGGUGACAAUUAUUUUUGUUCACUGAUAUAAGAUUUCUUACAACUUAUUUUACUACUAAUAUUAAUUUAUGCUUAUUAAUUGAAAUGCAUAAUAUUUAACAAAAAUAUUUGUAUAUAUUUUUAACAAAGAGAGUUGCAUAUCAGAAUAAAGAUCAUUUACAGCUUUAUCAGUCCCUGAGGAUUUAACAUGUAACCAAAAUCAAACUGCAUUACCAACAUUUUUUACAUUAAUACCAAAUCUCUGAAGAGACAGAUUCUUCACGACAUCAUAUACCAAAAAUUCAAUGAAUGAUAAAUACCUGUAUUCAAUGAUGGACAGUAAGCUUAAUUCUCAAUACUGUCCACAUACAGUUUUCUCAAAUAAUUAUUUUCUUUUAAUGUUUCCAUUCAUUUCAUCACGUGUUUGACCCAAUGAAUGUUCUUACAGCAUAAAAUACCUAUGAUUAUUAAAGCUAGGUAUUUUUCAUGACGAAGCAAACUAAUCACUUUCAUUCAAAAUUAAGAUAUAUCAGAUAUAUCUUUACUUUCGUUUUGAGCUAAGUUACUAAACAUCCCACAGAAAUGUGCCAAUAAGUUAUGUAAAUUCUACAUCACAAGGAUUAUCAUCAAAGAUAUCAUCAUAGACUGCCAUUUGCCUUGGAUCCACGUCAUUUCCAAUAGUUGACUGUGGUUCUGAAUUAUCCAUGACCAUAGCACCUUCUGACACAUGCGUUUCCUUGGACAAAACAAGAUCUUUUCUGUUUUGUAACACUGUCAAACAUUCAGUUUCAACAUUAUCUGUAGGCAAAGUUGUAUUAAUUUCAGAUUCCUUCUUUUGGUGAGAUUUGGCUUUGGAUUUCUUACUUUUGUUUCCCACUUUUUGGUCAUCAAUGAAAAUGCUAUUUUUCUGUUGUUUUGACACACUGAUGUCCUUCUUAAUCAACUGCAAAAAUACACCACCUGGUGUUCUUCUCCUGGAACCAUUCAUUACCAUCAUACCUCCAUUUUUCUCAAGAUUUCUCGUUUUGUUGAACAAAUCAAUUGCUUUCUCUGUUCCUAAAACUGUGACAACACGUAACACAAGAUCUUCAUUCUCUUCACACAAUUUGAGAGUUAUGUCCCUGGUGACAUCUUCAACUGAAUCAUCCAAAGACACUUUUAAUUCUGAUAAAUAUCGAGGAUGAAUCGUUUGAUCCUUGUCUGGGCUUGGUUUUCGGCCAAGUUUGGAUCUUAAAUCAACAACUUCCCCAUGAUGGCGUUUUCGAUUAUCGCUUUCAGUUGAAUGUUUCGGUUCUUCGUUUUCUGCAAAGUGGUAAUAUGAUUCAACAGCCCUACUUUUGUCCAUAACUUUAUUAUUUAUGCCAGCUUCCCAAUUACAAAUUUCGUCCAUGAGUUCAGAAGCUUGAACUUCCGACGUCCAAACAUUAUAUUUGUUUCUGGCAGAACUCCUCUUCAAAAUUUUUGGUCUUUUACGAGAUUCACGCCCACUGUCAGAGUCACUAUUUUCACUCGAAUCACUUGAACGCCCUCUUUCAUUGUUAGAUCUGAAAGAGCAUUUAGAAACAACCGAAGCUACUGAUGGUCGAGGUAGAGGUUCAUAAUCUAUAAUUUCCCCAUCUUCUGGAACAUCAUUUACUUCAUUAUCCAUGGUAUUACACACAAAAUUACAACUCACAUUAACGUACUCAACUACCUCACAAACAAUUCACGUCCUUUUAUCAAUUAAUCCACUAUCAUCCAGUUCACAAUAGCGGGAAACACCUUGAUUCACUUGCGAACUCCAAGAGGAAACAAAACACCCGCGAAAAGGAAAGAACUACCAACUGUUGGAACCAAU